UAAAAAUAUCAUGCAAAUUUCAUAAAAAAUGAAUAUAAUUAAAAUAUUAUAAAAAAUACUAAUUUUUUAUAAAAUCUAUGACUUACGUUUUUGAGAUUAAUCUGUAUGUGUGUGUGUGUGUGUGUGUUUAUUACUUAUAUUACAAUUGCACAAGAAAUUUUCCAGGUAAUUAUGUUUGCCUUAAGUAUAAAAUCAAUCUUAAAAAUUUUUAGACUGAACGAAGACAACGACAAUCAUUUGUCAGUCUAUUUACUAUUCUAAAUCUAAUAUUUGCGUUAAGAACAAGACAUUGCUCGCCGGGGAAAAAAAAAACAUUAGUGGUCACAUAAUACGUUGCCCGGUCAUCAAAACGUUCACUUAGCAGCUAACUUGGCACACAUGUGACCAUGUGAGCAAACUCGCAGUUUUGAAUCUUGCUCAAAACGAUUUACUGAGAGUGAGAGCCUUCAAAAGACUGAAUUGUGCGGUGUGAUUGAAGGAGCUCGAAGCUGUAUCAACUGCUCAAAAUGGAAGUAGCACAGAGAGGUUCCUCAAUUCCAGAAAUGAAGGUUCUGUUCGUAGAGAUGGAUGUUGGAUGCGACCUUCAUGAGCAGGGCAUUACUGUUGCUGCCAUGAGAGCUUGCAGAUAUGCUAUUGCAUCCAAUUCAAUCCCAGCCUUCAGAAAAGGUAGUAUCCCUGGUGUUACAUCUGACCACAUGAAACUGCAUGUCAAACUGGGGGUUCCUCUUCCUCUCCAACAAUACUUGGAUCAGGAGAAAAUCAAGUCUGUCUUUCCAUAUGGGAAAAUUAUGAGCUUUGAGGUUGUGAAUGGUGGUCUUGUCUGCUCAAAUGAAGAAAUGGCCGACCAGAACGAUGAGUGUUACACAGUGAACGCUGCUGUGUAUGUUGGCUACUAGAUGCUUUACUUGCCUCAAAACUGGGAUCUAAUGGAAUCUUCUAUGGCUGUCCUCUCUGUUAAUGCUUCAGUGAAGCUAUGAUGAGAACUGUUUCUGUACCUAAUUCGGUGACUUUCGCUCGCUUGUUGUUUUUGUAGUAAAUAUAAUCUGUACUUUUGUUAAUUCUGGUUAAACUCACUUCCAAUUAUCCGAGCACAUGUACACCAUAUUUUAUGGUAAAAUAAAAAUUUCAUUGUUAAAGGAUGGGGACAAUGAAAAUUGAAUGCCUCACGGCAUUGU